ACAACGGUGCACAUGAAUGUCUUGGUUGAUAUUCUCAGGAGCAUCCACAAUGCUAAAAAGAGAGACAAACACCAGGUUCUUAUCAAGCCAUGCUCCAGAGUUAUCAUCCUGUUUCUCACUGUGAUGAUGAAGCAUGGCUACACUGGUGAAUCUGAAAUCAUUGAUGAUUACAGAGCUGAGAAGAUUGUUGUGAACCUCACAGGCAGGCUAAACAAAUAUGGAGUGAUCAGCCCCAGGUUUCAUGUGCAACUCAAAGAUCUAGAAAAAUGGCAGCAUAAUCUGCUCCCAUCUGACCAGUUUGGUUUCAUUGUACUGACAACCUCAGCUGGCAUCAUGGACCACGAAGAAGUAAGACGAAGACACACAGGAGGGAAAAUCCUGGGAUUCUUUUUCUAG